ACAAAAUGUAAUAACAAAACGCAAGCCUUUACAAAUCUGUUUCCGUUGCCAAUAUUGUAGAUUGUAGACAAACUGAAUUUAAAAAAAAACUCGUCAAAAGAAAAAUGCCGCUGCCAAAAAGAAACGUAGUGAUAAAGGUUGGUUUUUUGCAUUGACAGUGGAAUUCGCGUAUUCUCGUUUGUAAGUCAAGUAAACGGUAUAAAAUGUUCGAAAUGAACACAGCGGAGCCCAUGCAAGUGGAUGUUCCAAUAGAAGAUAACGAAAACAAUGAGGCAGAAUGCUAUCUUGUCGAGAAUCCUACAUUGGAUUUAGAGACUUACGCGGCGUCUUACACUGGCUUUGCCAAACUGUAUAGGCUUAUGUUUGUGGCAGACCAUUGUCCACCUCUGAGGUUGGAAGCUUUAAAAAUGGCUAUCUCAUAUGUCAUGACAACAUACAAUGUAAGUCUUUACCAAACUCUUCAUAAGAAACUGGCAGAGGCAGUAGCAUCUUCAGGCUUGCCUGAUGUAGCAGUUCAAAUGGGUUCGCAAGACAUACCUGUGAUUGACACUGCUUGGAUUGAAUCUAAAACUAAAAAGGCUGCCAUUAAGUUGGAAAAGUUAGAUACAGACCUUAAAAAUUACAAAACAAAUUCAAUAAAAGAGAGCAUUAGAAGAGGUCAUGAUGAUUUAGGAGAUCAUUACCUGGACUGUGGAGAUCUCACUAGUGCACUGAAGUGUUACUCACGGGCCCGAGAUUACUGCACAAGUGGUAAACACAUUAUCAUGAUGUGCCUCAAUGUAGUAAAGGUGUCAGUAUAUUUGCAAAAUUGGCCACAUGUUCUUAAUUAUGUGUCCAAAGCAGAAGGAACACCAGACUUUAAUGAGGUUCCGGGAAAGGAUUCAAACCAGUCUAUUCUUACCCGCUUAAAAUGUGCUGCUGGUUUGGCUGAAUUAGCAAAUAAGAAGUAUAAAUCCGCUGCAAAACAUUUUCUUGCGGCAAGCAUUGAUCAUUGUGACUAUUCAGAGCUAUUGAGCAGCAACAAUGUUGCAGUCUAUGGCGGACUUUGUGCCCUGGCAACUUUUGACCGUUCAGAAUUACAAAAACAAGUCAUAGUUAGCAGUUCAUUUAAAUUAUUUCUAGAACUAGAGCCACAGUUACGUGACAUAAUAUUUAAGUUCUAUGAAUCUAUGUAUGCUUCCUGUCUAAGGUUACUGGAUGAAAUAAGGGAUAAUCUCCUAUUAGAUAUGUAUUUAGCACCUCACCUGAAUUCACUCUAUAUGCAAAUUCGCAACAGAGCUUUGAUUCAGUACUUCAGCCCUUACCUAUCAGCUGAUAUGCGCUUAAUGGCAGCUGCAUUCAACCGUACAGUUAUAGCUCUGGAAGAUGAGCUGAUGCAACUAAUACUUGAUGGACAGAUUCAAGCCAGAAUUGAUUCCCACAACAAAAUAUUGUAUGCUAAAGAUGUGGACCAGAGAAGUACUACAUUUGAAAGAAGUCUGGCUAUGGGAAAGGAAUACCAACGACGGACCUCCAUGCUGAUCCUUCGCGCUGCAAUGCUCAAAAAUCAAAUUCAUGUAAAGAAUACUGGCGGUCGCGACACUGGACCUCAGAGUGGUGAAGCACCCGGGUCUAGCACCAGCCUCACUCCGCGAACUUUUGAUAACUUACCCUUGUGAUGAUUUUACACUAAAAAUAGUUCACACUUUAUAUAAUAUUUGCAUGACAAUUUAAUGUAUACUACAUAAUAUGCACACAAAAGGAAAUACUCAUGUCAUAAGAGUUAUAUGAUAUGUUUCUUUUGUGUGAAUGUGAAACUCGUGUACAAUUUUUAAGAAUGGCUUAUCAUUUUCUGCGUAACGGCAUCAUUUAUGUAAUAUUCUGUGGUUGAUGCUUUUAAAGUAAAUAAAAACCGAAUGUCGAACAAUUUUACUUUAUACUUUUGUUUAUAAACAAUAUGAUAGUAUAUUAAUUGUCAUGUGAUAUUGCUCUUGAUUUUGAAGAACACCUUGUACCAAUACUACCCGCUUUUUUUUUCAAGAAAAUGCCAAUUGUAAUCUCAAGUGGGUACAUCAAUAUUGUCUUUAACAUUGGUGACAGUGCUUAGAAGUAUUUUGCAAUAAUCACAGACACUCGAACAGCUGGUGCAAGCAUUACUUCUUACAAUUGUUUAUACUGAAUUAUUCUAUGUAACCACAAAAUAUUAUGUCUACGUAAUUUUUAAUUAAAAAGUAAAGGCAU